AUGUUCUCAUACGUAGUCAAACGGUUUUCGUACCUACAGCAAUCGCUCCUACACUUCAUAUUACAGCCGUUCGGCUUUUUCUCCCGCAUAAUUUCCUUCAUUGAGAAGCUCACAUGUGCAAAGAAAUGCCCGAGCGAUCUCGAGUCCAAUAUCCCUUUCGACAUCCGAGCAGGCCCUUCAACAUGUGAAACCUACACCGUGUGCUUACAACCUCAGUAUGACCUUGAUAUAUUAGGCGUUGGGGCUUCUGGACAAGUCUACAAUGUCAGCGACCAAAUUGUUCUCAAGGCUUGUCGGAUUUUCGCACCACCUAGCAGUGAUUCCUCUCGAAGAGACCUUUGGCAUUAUGCUUCGGACACACUAUUUCAUUUCAAUUUAUUGAAAGACGAACGAACCGUCUUGCAGCAGCUGCAAAAUAAACCACAUCCUCACAUAAUGAAAGCCAUCGAUACUGGUCAUCGAGAAGGAUUAUAUCUCCGCAAAUAUCGACAACUACCCGCGGAAGUAAAAGCAACGCAAGCUCGCCGGAUUAGAUUAUACCGCGAUAUCGCGGAUGCUUUAUGCCACCUCCACAGUCUUGGUAUUGUUCACGCGGAUGUAAGAGUUGAUAAUGUGCUUUUUGAUGAUCAGUUUUCAGCUAUCCUUUGUGAUUUCAGCGCUGCCAGCCCUUGUGGCCAACCCAAUCUGGUCUUUCCAGAUCUCCCACUUCCUAUCAAUGGCCCCUCGCCGAUCUUGACCGAGGCAUCCGAUAUGUUUGCACUAGCCUCACUCAUAUUUCAGAUGGAGCACGGAUUCGCCCCUGGCCUAUCACUUGAGAAUGGGAGACUAGCUCUGCCUGAAUUAACAUCGGGGAACCAAGGCAUUGACGAAGUUAUACAAAUGGCCUGGCUUGGAAAUUACAGCCGCACGUCAGAUAUGCUACAUCAACUAGCUUUCAUUGAUUCCCAGAUGAAUGAAUAUGCUGAAAGCACUGAGGUACCCUCUGAUCUUGAAGACUUGAAUCUUCAAAUCUUGGACUGGAAAAAACACCGGAUUUGUAAUUUUGGAUGCGUCCUCGAAGGGAUUCUUUCAGAGGAGCAAUUGAAAGUCCUGGCUGAACGACACGAUAUGGAUCCAGAUGCAGAUCUACGAUUCACUCAUUACAUCUUGCCCUAA